CUUGCCCAUCACCUCCGUCGGUGUCAGUCCUCUUAGAUAUCAGCGACCAACCCUCAGGACAACAUGUCGAAUAAGACGGUGAUCCAACAGCCCAAGCCAGUCGUCAUGGCCGCGGGCUCAGACCAAUGGAACUCCAGCAUCUGUGAAUGUGAUAGCCUUCAUGAAUGCUGCUUCUCCGUAUGGUGCUUCCCCUGUUUCGCCUGCAUCACGGCAAGAGAUCACGGCGAGUGCCUCUGUCUGCCACUACUGGAUACGUUUGGUAUCAUCCCACCAAUCACGAUGGCCAUGAGGGUGUCAAUGCGCAAGCGUUAUAAUAUUGACGACACCAUGUGCAACGACUGUGUAUACGCCUGCUGCUGUGGGCCCUGCUCCUGGUGCCAGAUGAGGCGAGAGAUGAAGGCUCGUCUGCAUCCUGUCUCCCUGUUCUGCAACAAGACAGGUUAAGGUGCAAGUGGGCCACUGCUUCCUCCUCCUCUUCAUCAUCGUCAUCGCCAUCAUCAUCAUCAUCAUCAAUGACAGUCGUCAUUGUCAUCAUCAACUAUUCCAGUCUUCACCAUUGGCCUCAACAUAAUCAUCGUCAUUGUUCCAAAUCAAUUCAUCAUCAUCCCUUACAAUCUUCAUCGUCAUCAUCACCGUCAUCAUCAUCGUUGCCACCAUUGUGAUCAUACUUUAGAUUUUCGGAGAUCACAUGCUGAGGAUGCUUUGCAUUCUUUCCUGCUCACGUUCAUGUGUCUGUGAAUAUUCCACCCUCCUAAGAACUCUUAUUGACCAUCACAUCUUUACUGUCAUCAUCGCCAUCACUGUCACCAUCAAUCAACUGUUCUCUCCUGUCACAACUGCUGAUCUCCUAUCAGCUACCUUAGCAUUCCAACGCACCUGAAGGCCAGCCAAUCACUGCUGCUCGAUCAGCCAUUAGUCAGAGAAGGGGCCAAGGAAUGAAGGUGCUAUGGUCUGAUCCCACUGCUCAUGCUUGAAGACUGGUGACUUCUUAAAGGGACCGUCUGUAGCCACGUUACUGUCUGUGGCAUUCUGUAGCCAUACAGAAUUCUGAAUUCUGUAGAAUUCUGUUGUUCAACUUAAAGGGGCCAUGUGAAGAUUUUUGUAAAAUUCAAGUUACCUUCAACUCACCAUUAAGUUUCUUAUGAUACUUCCUUUCUUUGACUGGCAUUGUAAAUAUCCGAUACAGUACCAUUACUGAGAUACAAAAUGGUGCUACAAGAGAGAGUCCAGGGCUGGCUGGUUAGCAUGCUAAUGUUAGUGGCUAACGUUAGUGGCUAUCUGGGCAGCAAAUAAGACCUAUUUCUAGGUAAUAUUGAAGAUACAUAAAAACUACACAUAGCCUCUUUAAUUGAAAUAUUACACUGACCAUCUCCAAACUCUUUGUCAAUGUAAUGUAGAGGCUACUUUAUUUUUGCUGCAUGCAUAGACAUAGGCUACCGUUUUAAACAGAAGGACUAUGUACUUAUUAUACAUUUUAAAAACAAAAAACAGAAUCUACUUCUACAACAUGUAGUAUAUCCUUCCUUCACUUCCUUAACUAUAUUUCUAUCUUCUUUCUCGCCCUGAAUACCUUCAUCUUGUUUGCUAUAUAAUCAUUGCAACCGUUUCAGAUGCCAACAAAUUAUUUUUACACUCAUAAUGCAUAGUGACCCUCGCGUGACUCUAAGCUUCCGCUGUUCGGUUCAUGAACAGGAGUGGAAGAGAAUGACGCGCAUUAGUCUGCACUGGCAAAUUAGCCAUACUUAAGCAGCUAUGCAUUAGCUCAUAGUGGUAUCAAAGCAACAUGACAAACAAUGGAGAGAAAUUAAACUCUAGUCAGUUAGUUACUGAUGUUUGUUAGUAUGUAUUCAUCACUGUGGCUUGACUUGACUUGAAUCCCUUGAGAUGACCUGUGCAUGUUUUGUUUGUUUGUUUGUUUUUCUGAUUUGUGGUAAGCCAAGUUGCUACAUGCACUGUAUUUAUUGUGAGCUUGCUUUGUGAUUUUGUUUGUUGUUUUGUUGUUAAAUAAAAGAUUCUUUAUGUGCAA